AUGAAUAUUACUCCCUCCAGUGUUUUGAAUAUCGCCAAGGAUGAAGUUAUCCUUUCAUAUGAUCAAACAACAUUUCAUCGUCUGUUCAAUGGUUACCAUGGUCCGUUUUUUAGAGUAGAAGCAUUUCGACUGGUAAAAUUGCCUAUAUAUGAUUAUUUUGUUAAAGAAUAUUUUCAACCAGUACAAGGAAUAGAUCAUCAAGAAAUUGAAAUUAUUCGUCGAGAAUUCAGAUGUAUUCCACUUAUAUUCUUGAUGCAAUGUAUUAAGCAAUAUGAAGGUAAACCAAUUCUUGAAAUCGAUCGUAAGAUUACAGUUGAAACUGGUCAAGUCGCAACUUUGGACGAAUCCAUUUUUUAA